CGCCUUUGGUAUGAAUGGACAAAGGAGGGGCUUAAGCCACGCCUCCACCACAACUGCUUUGCAUAAACACCUGCUUUCACACACUUGCCAAGAAUGAUGGGAUUCAAAAGCAAGUGGCGUGGGGAGAGAUAAAAGCCACUGAUGGAGAGUCGUUGAAAAGGAGAGACUGGGACUACUGCUGCUGAACAGGCGAGAAGCACGGACAGAAACCCGGAAGUGAGCCGGAGAAGGUUGUAGCGUACCUGUGGUGAAGUGGAGAUAAGACGGGCGUGGAAGACGCCAGUGUGACUUUGUGUGUGUGUGCAGUGGAAAUAAAAAGGCUUCUGGCCAGCAGUAGUGAUCCCUGAUUCCAGCCUCUUCCUUCCUACUCUGUGUGUUAUUCUUGUUACAGUGGUGCCGAAACCCGGGAUGGAAGGAAGCAGGAGUGCCGCGGCCGGGGGGAUGAAUCCGCCGACCUCGCCGUUUGCGGAGGUGAUUACGUCCCUCGCGGUCCUCCACCAGGAACAACACCGGGCCCUGUUACAGCUGCGGGAGGACCAGGACAGCCGGUUCCAGGCGAUCCUGCGGGCUCAACAGGAGGACCGCGAGGCGUUCCGGAGCUGGAUGCACCGGGGGGCUCAAGGGGGAGGUACCAGCGGACCAGCCCCACCGAUCCAUCUGAUCCUGCAGAAGAUGGGCCCGCACGACGAUCCCGAGGCGUUCCUGGAACUCUACGAGCGGACCGCCGAGUCGAGUGAAUGGCCAAGGGACCAGUGGGCCCUCCGGUUGAUACCCCUUCUCUCCGGUGAGGCGCAAGUGGCGGCCCAACAACUUCCCCCAGAGAGCCUCCUGGUGUAUGCGGAGCUGAAGAAGGCGAUCCUGCAGCGGGUCGGCCGGAGCCCAGAGCAACACCGACAGCGCUUCCGGUCGCUGGGGUUGGCAGAAGCCGGGCGGCCCUACCUGCUAGCUCAGCAGCUCCGGGACUCCUGCCGGAAAUGGCUGGUGGCUGAGGGAAGCGGCGUCGGGGACAUCAUCGACAAGGUGGUACUGGAACAGUUCAUCACCUGCCUGCCCCGGAAGACGGCGGGGUGGGUCCAGUGCCACCGGCCGGCGUCGCUGGACUCAGCCAUCCAGUUGGCGGAGGAUCACCUGGUCGCGUGCCCUGGAAUCGGGGAGUCUCUCCCCGCAGUGUCUCUCUCCGCACCUCGCACCCUACCACCACCAACGAACCGGCCGGUAGCCGCGCCUCGGACCCGGCUGCCUUUCCUAGGAAGAGGCCCUCCUCGGGGUCGAGGAGGGUAUGGAUCGGGACUGAUGGAGGGGGGGAGCGCUAUGUCUACGCGUCCUUCCGCCGUGGAGGCCACGGAUACCGCCCCGACGGUCCCGGUCUCCCCACGCCAGCCGUCUGUCACACCCACUGCCGCCAGGGCGGCGGGAAGGUCUGGGCCGGCCUGUUGGCGUUGCGGGGAUCCGGAUCACUUCAUCGAUCGGUGUCCGGUGAUGGAGGUGGGGACUUUGAUCCGGGUCCCUGACACGCCGCGGGCUGCCCCUGGUCCGGCUGGCCUGUACCAGAUACCCGUGAGUAUUGGGGGGGGUACCUACCAGGCGUUGGUGGAUUCAGGUUGUAACCAGACCUCCAUCCACCAAAAUCUGGUUCGGCUCGCGACAGGGGGUAAGUGCCGCGAGGUUCAGGUGCGGUGUGUGCACGGGGAUGUGGUAAAGUACCCUCUGUUGAGGCUGCCUAUUAAAUUUAGGGGAAAAAAGCAUAGUGUGGAGGUGGCGGUUAAUCCCCACCUCAGACAUCCGCUAAUUCUGGGGACGAAUUGGCCGGCUUUUCCGAAAUUGUUGGGACUGCUUUGUGCGGAUGUCUCUUGGGUAAAGAAGAAGCCCGGUAGGCGGGGUUGCGUGCACGCGGGCAGCGUGGAACCGGGUCCGUCGGCACCUGACUCGGGGGAGACGCACGAGAUCGAGAGGUUACUCCUCUCGGAUCGCGAUGAUUUCCCCCUGGAGCAGGCGCAGGAUGCGACGCUGAAACGGGCGUUUGAGCAGGUCGCAUCCAUUGACGGGCAGCCGGUUCAGCCUGCACGUCCUCCCUCCUAUCCGUAUUUUGCUAUCAGGAAUAAUCGGUUAUAUCGAGUGACCCAAGACACUCAGACAAAAGAGGAUAUAACCCAGCUAUUGAUUCCAAAGAGCCGUCGGGAAAUGCUUUUCCAGGCGGCUCAUAGUAACCCUAUGGCAGGUCAUUUAGGGCAGGGCAAUACACUAAAUCGUCUUAUGGCCCGAUUCUUUUGGCCGGGCAUUCACGACAACGUGCGCAGGUGGUGCGCGUCUUGCCGUGAAUGUCAGUUGGUGAACCCACCGGCCACCCCAAAAGCGCCUUUGCGCCCUCUUCCGUUGAUGCAGGUUCCCUUCGAUAGAAUUGGUAUGGACCUCAUCGGGCCAUUAGAGCGAUCUGCACGAGGCUACCGUUUUGCAUUGGUCCUGGUGGACUAUGCAACACGGUACCCCGAGGCAGUGCCGCUCCGUAACAUUUCUGCCAAGAGUGUGGCGGAGGCACUGUUUCGUAUCAUCUCCCGGGUGGGGAUCCCCCGUGAGAUCCUCACGGAUCAAGGCACGGCGUUCAUGUCACGUACGAUACGCGAACUUUACGAGUUAUUAGGCAUUAAAUCGAUUCGCACCACCGUUUUUCACCCACAAACGGACGGGCUCGUGGAACGAUUUAAUCGCACGUUGAAGACUAUGAUUCGUAAAUUCGUACACGAGGACGCCAAGAAUUGGGAUAAGUGGUUAGAACCCCUCUUAUUUGCAGUACGGGAGGUCCCCCAAGCCUCCACAGGGUUUUCCCCUUUCGAGCUUCUGUAUGGGCGUCAACCCCGAGGGGUUCUCGAUGUCCUGAAGGAGACUUGGGAGGACGGACCUUCAUCGAGUAAAAACGAAAUUCAGUAUGUCUUGGACCUGAGAGCAAAACUUCAGACACUGGGGCGGCUAUCUCUGGAGAAUUUGCUACAGGCCCAGGACAAACAGAGCCGUCUGUAUAACCGGGGUUCUAGCCUGAGAAAAUUCACACCGGGAGAGAAAGUGCUUGUGUUGCUCCCAACGUCUUCCUCCAAAUUACUUGCAAAGUGGCAAGGACCGUUCGAGGUCACACGGCGAGUUGGCGAUCUCGAUUAUGAGGUUAUCCGAUCAGAUAGGGGAGGGGCACGUCAAAUCUACCACCUCAAUCUCCUAAAAAAAUGGAGCGAGGUGGAGGCAGUGAUGAUGGCGACGGUGGUGUCCGCGGAGGAGGAUCUCGGGCCGGAGGCAAAUGUAAAACCACAAUCCAUUGCCCUGGCCCCAGGGGGAGACCACCUCUCACCCUCGCAACUCACUGACCUGGCCCGCCUGCAGGCGGAGUUUGCCGACGUGUUCUCUUCCCUUCCGGGCCGGACGAACCUCAUACAGCACCAUAUCGAAACCGAGGCUGGGGUAGUGGUGCGUAGUAGACCCUACCGGUUACCUGAACACAAAAAAAAGGUGGUUCAGGCAGAAUUAGAGGCUAUGUUAGACUUGGGAGUAAUAGAAGAGUCCACCAGUGACUGGGCGAGCCCGAUAGUUUUGGUGCCAAAAACGGACGGCUCGGUUAGGUUCUGUGUGGACUAUCGUAAAGUUAACACCGUCUCAAAAUUCGAUGCUUACCCGAUGCCGCGAGUCGACGAAUUGUUGGACCGGCUCGGUGCUGCUCAUUUUUAUUCGACACUGGAUUUGACAAAAGGGUACUGGCAGAUCCCCCUAACACCAGUAUCCAAAGAAAAGACAGCCUUCACCACGCCGUUUGGUUUGCACCAGUUCGUGACACUUCCGUUCGGUUUGUUCGGGGCUCCGGCCACCUUCCAGCGUCUCAUGGAUCGGGUCCUCCGGCCCCAUGCGACAUACGCCGCUGCCUAUCUGGAUGAUAUUAUCAUACACAGCAACGAUUGGCAGCGGCAUAUGGUGCAUCUGAGGGCGGUCCUGAGGUCGCUGAGGGAGGCCGGGCUCACGGCGAAUCCAAAGAAGUGCGCAAUUGGGCGGGUGGAGGUCAGGUAUCUGGGCUUCCACUUGGGACACGGGCAGGUGCGUCCCCAAAUUAAUAAGACAGCAGCGAUUGCAGCCUGCCCGAGGCCCAAGACCAAAAAGGAGGUGAGGCAGUUCCUGGGGUUGGCGGGAUAUUAUAGGAGGUUUGUACCUAAAUAUUCGGAGCUCACCAACCCGCUGACUGACCUCACUAAAAGGGAGGCACCAGACCCGGUCCAGUGGACGGAGCGGUGCCAGCAGGCCUUUAACCAAGUGAAGGCUGCUCUGUGCGGCGGACCGCUCCUACAGUCUCCUAACUUUUCUCUUCCUUUUUCUCUGCAGACCGACGCGUCGGACAGGGGGCUGGGUGCCGUCCUGUCCCAGGAGGUGGAGGGUGAGGAACGGCCGGUGCUGUACCUCAGCCGCAAGCUGUCCAAGAGGGAAGCGAGGUACAGCACCAUUGAGAAGGAGUGUUUGGCCAUCAGGUGGGCCGUCCUCACCCUCAGAUAUUACCUCUUGGGGCGAGAAUUCACCCUCUGUUCGGACCACGCCCCUCUCCAAUGGCUCCACCGCAUGAAGGAUACCAACGCCCGGAUCACCCGGUGGUAUCUAGCCCUUCAACCUUUCAAAUUCAAGGUGAUCCACAGGCCGGGUGCACAGAUGGCUGUGGCUGACUUCCUCUCCAGGAGGGGGGGGGGGCGGCUGCAGGCCGGAUGGCUCCCCGGCCUGAGUCGGGCGGUGGGGGUAUGUGGCAGAAGGGGCGUGGUUCAGCGAAGUCUGCAGCGGGAGAGAGAGUGGGGAGACGAGCGGUGAUUGAGUGUGGCAGACGAGAAUCACGUACACCUGUGUCUCGUUCCAGCAAGUGGCGUGGGGAGAGAUAAAAGCCACUGAUGGAGAGUCGUUGGGGGGGAGAGACUGGGACUACUGCUGCUGAACAGGCGAGAAGCACGGACGGAAACCCGGAAGUGAG